AUGCCUGGGCCUCUCCCACUGCCCUGCCUGUUGCUGCCCAGUUUGUUGCUCCUGACUUUUAUGGACCAGGAUCAAUUGCAACCUCUGGAGGAGAGAACUCUGCAUAUACAGAUUGCAUGGUCUGUACAUCACCCAGGGCCUCCCAACUUGCCAGGCGAGGAUGGCAGACCUGGUACAACCAACUACCUCCAGCAGAGAGAACUUCCCCACAGUCUAACUGCACAAAAUCAUUACUACCCUGUUUUCGAUGGCAGCCAAGCACCUGGCAUGCCCACACCUGCUAUCAUGCAUGAUUUUUCGGUUUCUGCUUGUGCAAACAAAUCGGCUCAGUCAGAUGCUGGCAUUGCUGGUGUGGAGCUGGACAACAAUCAUUGGCAAGAUGAUGCCAUUGCACCUAUGACGAUAGCACAUCCUUUGAUGACUCCAUCAUUGCUGGCCUGCAAUCACCUGUCAUCACCUGUUGCAACUGUGACCAUAGACUCGCUACUGGGUCUUGUCACUGAUAGACCUGAGUUCCCACCAGUGACUGAUUUUCUUUAUGAUUGCAUGGAUAAUGUCAACAUCAAAGAUGGUGAUGAAGGUUAUGGUUUUGUAGCUACAGACCAAUCCCGAGUGCCUGGUUUCCAUGACAAUGAUGCUGGGCUUGCUGAUUCUAGCAGAAAUCCUGAUGUUACUUGCCCUAUAAAAUCAGGACCUUAUGGGAGUGACAUCUGCAAUCGAAAGGAGAGCAGUGGAGGACCUUCCCCAUCUCCUCAACCUGGUACUGUGUCUAUUGACCUGUUGCCACUGUUUUCUACUGACAAAUUCCAAGUAGCCAAUUUCCAUGAUGAGCAUGUAAUGGAAUAUGGAGAUGAUGAUGAUGAUGAUGAUGAAGGGUAUGGUUCAGCAGCUGCUGACAAAUCCCAAGUGCCUGGUUCCCACAAUGACCAUGCCAUGGAAUGCGGACAUAAUAAUGUUGAUACCAAAGAUUACAAUGAAGAUUGGAGAGGCUAUGUGGCAGACUGCGAUGGUGAAGAUGGGCCUGUCAGUUUCAGGGGGCAUACAUCGGAGAACCCAGGUGAUGUGGCUCUUGAGCAGCUCUUGGGAGGUGACCAUGGAGCCAUGGAAAAAUUGUCUCCAGCCCCAAAAGGGCUAUCUAUGGUCACACCUGCCAACCCCAUGCUUAACCCUGAGGAAGAGCAGGUAGGUCUAGCACCCUGGGUGAGGCAUCUUGAUACUAGGAUUAAUGUUGUACAGGAAAAUGUGUGGCAGCAUGCAGUCCACCUACUAGGGUGUGGAGGGCCCACUGCUGAAGACUUCCAUUUGGACUCCCAAGGACUGCUUUCUUCAGACUGGAACAAACAUGCUACAGAAGUCUUUGCAUCUCACUUCUUUGAAUGUGGAUGGUAUGGUUCUCCAAACAAAAGCAUUAUUAAGAAAGUCUUCUGCACUCACCUGCACACCCUAUGUGCACAGUACAUGGAUUUGCAAGCCAAUAGUGACCCUGAUGACAAGCAGCUGCAAAUUCAGCAUGACAAAGAAAAAGAGAAUGCAAGAGAUCAGAGAUGCCACUCAUUCAAUGUGAAUGGCCAAACCAAACAUGGUGCUUGCCCACAUACAUGGGUCCCUUCACACUGGGUGGAAUCAGCAGGUCUGGCAGUCCCAGGCUUACUGAGCAACUUCUAUGAUCGUACUUGGCUCCUCAAUCUGGAUGAUGAUGAUAAAAGGUGGAUUUAUCACACAUGGAGGCUGUUUGAGGGUAGUGGAGAAAUUCAAGGGCAUGAAAGGGAGGAAGCUUGCAAGUAG